AUGUCCAAAGACAAACGGCGGAGCAUUUUCGGUCGCAGCUCUCUCAAUGUCCUCACCUCCCAGAGCAGCAAAGACGACACCCAACCCGCGAGUCUGCUGCGGAAGCGCCGCACCGCCUCCUUCAUUUCGAAUCUCUCCGACGUAUCACAGCAUGCAGAACCAUUCACUAUCAACGGCUCCAUAGGAGCCAGCUCCAACGCCCCAGAACCGCCUGAUUCAGCCCGAUCCAAUCUUUCCAAGAGCCAGCUGAAGCGUGCCAGCUCCGUCUUCAGUUCCUUUCGUGGCUACAAACUUCCCGGCGACGACGACCCUGAGCCCCUCUCGGCAACCUCGACGCGGAACUCGACAGUUUUUGGAGAAUACCUGUUUGAAGAUGUGAACAAUCUUCAGGUCUUGCACCAUGGAGAGGUGCAGACGAGCAGUUCUAUGUUCAGGAAGAAGAAGGAAUAUUUGGUACUGACUGAGAAGCAUCUAAUCCGCUUCAAGAGCCAGUCCAAAGCAGCCGAGGCUUUUAUCGAAUGCGCCCCAGUGCACUUGAUUCCAGGCGAUGGAACUGAGUAUCGUAAGGUCCCAUCCUCGCAUCGCUUGAGUACAUACAGACACAGUCACAGCCCCUCCAUUGGAUCAACACAUGAGCUCCAGUCCCUAGCCUCAGAAUCGUCUGGUGAUCGUCAUCAAGGAAUUCCCCUGCGUCACAUUGUUGCCGCAUACCACUUAGACGACGGACGGCCGCACUUUGCCCUCGAGCUGUACUACCUGGAUGACGAGUCCAAUCAUGCCGCUUCCAUGACUCUCCAAUUCGGCGAUCCGGAAGACAUGUUUGCUUGGCUCAAGAUCAUAAGACAUGCCGCCAAUGCAGCCCGACUCUGUGAUGCAAAGCCCAUCUCUGCACAUAACUCCCACCUGGCUGCGCGCGUCGUAGAAGCAGAGCGUGACUAUGUGCCUCCAUAUUAUGCCAUAUACAAAGUUGUCCUCAGGCCCCAAGGGAAAACCACGGCCAGGUCUUCGUCCGAUGAUCUGACAAAAGCAUCUGCUUCAGUAUGUUUUCUUGCAAUUGGCGUGCACAAAGUACACAUCAUCCCAUUAUUCAAGCCGCCUUCGCAACGAUCUUCCAGUCCAUCCUUGGUGUCCCAAAACACACAAUUGUCACAUGGUAUCCUGACCCUGACUGAAGUUCGCGUCAGCGAGAUUGAUGAUACUUUCCAAUUGACCUUCAGAAAACCUCUAGAAAGACCAAAGGUGCUUCAAUUGGCGUCGCUUGCCUCACGAGACAUAGCUGUUCGCCUACAAUAUGUUGAAUCUAGUCUAAGACCGGAGUGGGAGACACGCCCAUUGGAUUUCCUGGUUCCCGAGGAAGUACAACAAGACAUUGUACGACAAGAGAGCCCACACCCUAUGGACCCUGACUCUCUGGAUCGCACUUUGAUAGGUUAUUGUAUCGCUUAUGACGUCCAACCAGAGAACAUUAGCUAUCAGAUUACAUAUCCACCAGAGGACUCUCCACGGUUCGAGCUACUCCCACCCAGCUCCCGGAGAACCCAGUAUACUACACUUGAACUCCUUGCUGUAAUGCGCGCCCUGAGGUACAACGAAACGUUUGGUGGAAUCUCAUUCAAAGAUGUACAUCUGGAUAUUUUGAAUGGGCUCAAAGACCCAAAUGGCGCAGAGCAUCUUUGUCUCAAGACAAAACGCGGCACGUACGCGCGCUUGGAUAUCGAAGAAUUAGAGCGAUCUUGCUUGUUGGUUCAGGAAAUCCGCGCAUUGGCUCUGACAAACCGGAAGCUUCGAAGAAUGGACUUUUCAGGUUGUAUCACGCGGAAACCCAGCGACCAUGGGGAAUCCAGAGGUAGUGCGAGAGACCAGGGCUGCGCCAUUGUGGAAGCGCUGUUUCCGCUGUGCAAAUACCAAACAACAAAUGUCGAUUGGAUAGCUCUUAACAGAAUACAACUGGGGGAUACUGACUUGGAUUAUCUCGUCGCUGCAGGAGUCGAGCGAGCUUGCCAUCUAAGGGGUCUGGAGUUGAGUGGGUGUGGUCUUACCGACCGUGCAUUAUCUCUUGUCCUAGACGCAUUGCGUGCGCAAGAAACCACUCUAGAAGCCAUCGAUCUCUCGUCCAAUCCUUUCCGCCUUUCACCAAGCAUUUUCGACUCUCAAAUCGGUGUGUUUGGCUAUCUCACACGACUGAACCUCUCACAUCUUGCGCGAUCGUCUGGCCUUGAAUCCCUAAUAUCCGUCGAGACAUUCCAAGGCUGGAGAUUACAAGAGCUGAUCCUUAGCGGAACAUCGCUCAAUGCGGCUACCGUCGACGCCAUCGCCGGCUACCUUUCUAACUACAAACGGUCUUCAGUCCUUCGUGAGAUAAAGUUGGAUCAUUGCUUUCUUACUGGAAGGGACAUUGCUUUUCUUCUGCACGCAAUGACCGAACACCCAGGCAAGGCUCGCGACCUCCAUCUUGAUGUUAGCGAGAACAGAAUCGAGGAAGACCUGGACGCGUUAACAAAAGCUAUCGCUAAUGGCCUCGCUCCGUCGAGCUUCACUCUCCGUUUGCUUGAGUUUGAAGAAGACGCCGACUUUCGGAAGAUGAUACUCGCUUUGGCCGCCAAUAACACCAUUAGACAGCUGGACAUCUCGCGAGCAUCUCUACCAUGUGACGCUUCAGAAGAGACGUGUCAAGCAUUAGAGAAGAUGUUUGCUGAUAACAGAAGCCUUGAGUGGCUCGAUAUUUCUGGCGAAGAUUCUCGCCUCGAAACAACCAAACUAGGUGUCGGUAUCAACCGAGCGUUGCGAGGACUUCAGCGCAACAAAACGUUGCGUGCUUUGUACAUCAGAUAUCAAAAGCUGGGCGUACAAGGCGCGAGUACCCUUGCGGAUGUGCUCAAGGUCAACAAUACCCUGCAAUACCUAUACUGUGAGGAUAACGGUAUUGCCUUGACUGGCUUCACGGAUCUUGUUAAUGCGCUUCAUCGAAACACCACCCUCCUAUAUCUUCCAUCCAUGCAUGAGUCCCGCCAAAUGGCGCUCAAGCAAACAGAAGAUCAAGUCAAAUCAAUGCGUGACGAUUUGCCAACAAACAACCAAUCAAAAUCAUACUCUGUUCGAAGUAGAAUCGCAAACAGAGUGGUCAGCAAGACUGCAAAAGAGCCCAACUACCCGACAGGUCUGUCAGAUCAAGACAUCAAGGCCGCGCUGGGGCUGGUUGACGAGAGUUGGGCUAGGCAAGAAUAUCGUCUACAGCAGUACUUGACGCGCAAUUACAACAUCGCGCACGGCAUACCAACAGCUAUGGAUGUCGAUGAGGAAGAAUUCGAAAGGCCAGAUACAGCAAACAGUUUAGGCAAGAUUCUUGAAAAAGUUACCAUCGAGAGCACUCCUACUGCAGAGAAGGAUCUACAGCUCGGUAGCCUACUUCCGGAAAUAACUACGACGCCGAUGGCAGACAUUGACUACGACACUACACCAUUGGAAAAAGAGCUCGAAAUGUCUUUUGGUAAUACACCGGUCGGAUUUCCAUUCUCAAAGUAG